AUGAUUUUCUAUGUGGCCAACACUUUGUUGUUAAUUUUAUUAACAACAAAAACCAAUGCCGCGAUAUCAUGUAGUAGUGGACAGUACCUUUCUGGAACUUCGUGUUAUUAUUGUAGAGCAGGGACUUAUUCCUCGGGUGGUACAACAACAUCAUGCAGUUUUUGUUCACCUGGCUAUUUUUCGGGCUCCGGUUCUUCGUUGUGUAAACAGUGUUCUGCUGGUUCAUAUUCGAGUUUUGGUUCAUCAUCUUGCUCCAAGUGUAGUUCUGGCACUUAUUCGGGUUCUGGCUCUUCUUCAUGUAUUAAUUGUAAUGCAGGUAAAUAUGCUUCCAGUAGCGGGUCUUCUUCAUGUUCAAGUUGUGGCGCAGGUACAUACUCUGGAAGUGGUGCUUCUUCGUGUACGAAAUGUAGUGCGGGAUAUUAUUCGAAUUUUGAAGCUUCAACAUGUUCAAAAUGUGAAGCGGGGACGUAUUCUGGUGCCGAAUCUUCUUCUUGCAAGAAAUGUAAUGCCGGAUAUUAUUCCGUUUCGGGAUCAUCAAGUUGUACAAAAUGUGAUGCUGGUACAUAUUCAAGUAAUAGUGGAGCAUCAAACUGUCAAAAUUGUGAUCCAGGGUACUACUCAGAAAAGGGCGCAACUACAUGCGCUCCGUGUCCCGUAGGGUAUUAUUCCCAAUUUUCUGUCAGUGCAGAAUGCACAGAAUGUGCUGCAGGGACUUUUGCAGAUGAACAAGGAAGCUCGGAGUGUAAAGUUUGUGGAGAUGGAUUUUUUUCGAAGUCUGGAUAUUCGAAAUGUAUUCAAUGUGUUUCCACAAGUUGUAAAUCGUGUUCAAAAACGACGGGGGAGUGCACUUCAUGUAAUGUUGGCUAUUCGUACGAUUCGUCAAAUAAGAACUGUUCGAUAUGUCCCGCAUCGUAUUAUUCGAGUGGUGGAACUUCGUUGUGUUCAAAGUGUGCGACUGGGUAUUACUCACUCGGUGGUUCAAGUGGGUGUUCAGCGUGUUCCACAAGUUGUAAAAUGUGCGACCAAACAAAUGGAAACUGUUUAUCUUGUAAUGAUGGUUAUUUUCUGAAUGGUAAAAUGUGUGACACUUGCUCGGCUGGAACGUACCAAAGCGGUGGAAGUUGUGUAACGUGUGCCGACAUGCAAUACUCGUUGGCAGGAAGCACAACAUGCAAAAGUUGCAGUUCAACUUGUUCGAGUUGUGAUAAGACAAAUGGGUAUUGCACGUCGUGUGAGUUGGGCAUGGGAAUUACAACUACAACGUGUUCUAUUUGCAGUGCUGGCACAUACAACUUUUUAUAUAAAUGUGAAAAAUGUCCAAUUGGGACAUUUUCAUCAUCGCCAAAAAGUUUAUCAUGUGAUACCUGUAGAGAUGGGACUUAUUCCAGCACACCAGGAUCAACAAAUUGUAAAAUAUGUGAUAUACUAUGUAAAGGAUUAUGCGAAAGAACAAAUGGCAAGUGUAACGCUUGUGUGAGUGGUGCUGUUCUAUCGACUGGAGUGUGUUCAUUGUGCAAUUCGGGAACAAUGGCAAAUCAAACAACAAAUAAAUGUGACACAUGUAAGGCGGGUACAUAUGCCGGUGAAGGCUCUUCUGAGUGCAAAAGUUGUGGAGAAAUGACAUACUCAACUGCCGGAUCGUUGUUGUGUCAGCAAUGUGACAGUCAUUGUGAUGGGUGUGAUGCGACGAAUGGGUAUUGUGUCAACUGUGUGACUGGGUAUGGUCUUGCAGCUGGGAAGUGUACUAUAUGUCCAAAGGGGACUUACUACCUGAGUUCUGCGUGUCAGAGUUGUGGUGAGAUGGCAUACCAAGACGUUGAGGGACAAACCACCUGCAAGUUGUGUGACUCUUCAUGUGCAAGUUGCAAUGCAACAAAUGGAAAAUGUCUCACAUGUGCUGCUGGAUAUGGCUUUGACAGUGGAGUCUGUACGUUGUGUGGUGACCUCACAUACUCAGGAGGCGGCGUUUUGCAGUGCCAGCCAUGUUCCACUGAAUGUAAAAAUUGUGACAGAAAAAGUGGUGCAUGCACAUCGUGCGAAGUUGGCAACAAGAGAGUUGACAACAGUUGUGUGUCGUGUGCUCCGUCUGGAUAUUGCGAUUUGUGCACAGACGAGACAUCAGAUGGUAUUUGUGUUUCAUGUGGAGAUGGAUUUUAUUUGAAUUCAAGUGAUGAUUGUCAACCAUGUAGUGAUAUCCAUGAAGACUGUCUGACGUGUUCUAAAACUACAAAAACAUGUUUAUCGUGUGCGGGAAACAUGAUAUCAACUGGCAACAGUUGUGUUGCAUGUGAAGUUGGGCUGGUAAAAGUCACAGAAACGACGUGCGACUACUCAUACAAUGUCAUCCCAAAGUGUCAGAUUGCAGACUAUGUCAAUAACCAACACAUUUGCACCACAUGUUUUGCGCCAUAUGUCACUUCAAGUGACUUGAAGGCAUGCAAUUUGGGAUACACAACUACAACAUACUACAACACAGAUGAUCACAAAUUACACACCAACAUGAAUGGGUGCAUCAACCAAAUUGAUACAACGUGUUAUUCAUGUAAUACAACAAUAAUGCUGUUAAACGGAGUUUGUAAUGAAAAGAAUGAGAAGUGUGAGACAUACUCGCAACACGGCUGCGACAAAUGCGUUUCAGAUGUGAUCACAUCGAAUAAUAACUGUGUUGUUAACACAUUUUGUAAAUAUGAAAUAAACAAAGAAAAUAACACCGAGUGUUUGUAUUGUGAAUAUGAUGUGUCGUGUGGCAAAGCAAAACUAAAUUGUGGAAUAUCAAACAACGAGUACUGCUACUCUGCAGUGAAUGGAUAUCACACAACAAAUAACAACAUUAUUGAACAGUGUGAAAGUGAAGUGUGUGUCAUUUCAAAUGGAAUUAUCACCGAUUUGAAAUGUCAAGACGACAAAUUGUUAAUAGAUGGUCUGUGUACAACUAAUACGAUGUGUUUAGCAAUAUCAAGUAAUGAUUGUAUCAAAUGUGAUGCAAAACACCACCUCUCACAAGGAAAGUGUUCACAAAACAGUGCAAAUUGUGACAAUCAGAAUGGAGAUAUUUGCAUUGUAUGUAACAACACCAUCAACGUUGAUGGCGUGUGCACAGACACCCAGUCAAUUCAUUGCACUUCAUUUGACAAAGUGUGUGUUACAUGUGAAAGUGGUUAUUACAAAGACGUUGAUGGCUGUAAAGAGAAGACUGGCGUGUUGUCUAAUUGUGGUGUUGUCUUGUCACUCAACACCAAAUGUGUCGAGUGUGAGACUAAUUACAAUUUCGAUGGAAUUUCGUGUGUGCCACAAACGCUUUCAAAUGAGACCACCAAACAAGCAACUAAAAACGAAGACACACAGACAGACAGCCAUUGUGAAGUGAGCACCACUAAGGGGUGUCUGAGGUGUUUGAGUGGGUAUUACCUCGCAGACCGCAUGUGUGUCAAGUGCGAGUACCCCUGUGUCUACUGCUCAAAUCGGACAUUCUGCACAAAGUGUGACGAUUACUCGUAUGCAAACAGCAACGGCGUUUGCACUGAAAUCAAUGAACUUGUUGGUGUAUGUGACGUGUUGAUGUCAACAUAUCGUGGAUGUGUCGUCUGCAAGGAGGGAUACAUGCGGUCAUCCGAUGGGUCAAUAUGCAUUAAUUGUGAUGAGUCGUGCAAGUCGUGCACCAACGAAGGAAAUUGUGUUGUGUGCAAUGAGGCGUUCUAUCGCACGUCAUCGAAUGUCACCAAAUUGUGUUCACCACAAAGUGAAUUGACUUCGUGUGCAAAUAAAACAAUAGUUGGUUGUAUGCAAUGUGAAGGUGGGUAUUAUCUCUUCAACAAUUUGUGUGUGAAGUGUCAAGAUACUUGUACACAAUGCAAUGGCAUCGAUGAGUGCACUGAUUGUGUGAAAGACAACGUUCUUGUGUCAGGUGUUUGUAUAAAUUACACAGUCAUUGAGAACUGUGUUGGGUCUGCCAACAACAAAUGCUCAAAAUGUGAUGACAACUACAAAUUGAGUGAUGACAUGUUAAGUUGCAUUCACACCACAAAUUAUGGUGUUGUUGUUGGCAUCCCAAUUGUCUCUGUGAUUAUUUUAAUACUUAUUAUAAUUUGUAUUAUAGUGGUUACAAUUAUUGUUAUACAAAAGCGCAAGGAAACAAAGAAAAUGGAAAAAAUCUGUGUCUUUAAGAUGAAUCGUUCAAACAUCGCAAUGAGUGUGUUGGAUAAUAACAUUUUGACCAACAAGAAGUCGCUGACAUUUGAUGACGCCAGUGAAGUCAUUCCCGUUGAAAAGGAAUCUCGCGAACUCCUCUGUGUUGGCAACAAAGGCAAAGGCAUUUUGAAAGUCCAAAUAACAACACGUGGCGGCUGCGACAAGUACUCAAUUCACACCGAGCCGCAAUUGGUGACUUUGAAGAAAGGCGAGGCGUGCGAAUUUGAAAUAUUUGUAACGCCACACUGCACCAUGAAAUUGCACGACGAGAUGAUGAUAGUCACUAUGAACAUAGUAAACAGCGAGACCGUGUCUGUUCCAAUUGCCAUUGAAAUCACAACAGAAAACUCGACUAAAUUGGAUUACGACGAGUUGAAAGAAGACAAAAAACUCGGUGAAGGCUCUUUUGGAAUUGUCUACAAAGGGACUUACAGAGGAAAUGUUGUUGCUAUUAAAAAGUUGAAAGAAGUUGGAGACAACAAAGGGUCGAUGGAAGAAUUUGAAAAUGAAGUAUCAAUGUUAGACAAGUUUAGAAGUGAGUAUAUAGUCCACUUCUAUGGCGCUGUCUUUAUACCAAGUAAGGUGUGUAUGGUCACCGAAUUUGCACAAUAUGGAAGUCUACAAGACUUGAUAAAAAAGACGAAACAAGAGAUGCCACGAUUUGCAGUGCGAGUCAAGCUGAUGUUGGACGCUUCAAAAGGCAUUUCAUAUUUACACGAAAAUAAUGUAUUACACAGAGACAUUAAACCAGACAACUUCUUGGUGUUUUGCAUUGACAAUUCAACGAAUGUGUCAACCAAAUUGACUGAUUUUGGGUCAUCACGAAAUGUUAACAUGUUAACGACUAACAUGACAUUCACAAAGGGUAUUGGAACUCCAAAAUUCAUGGCUCCUGAAGUACUUGAAAGAGAAAAAUAUAAAAAACCAGCUGAUGUUUAUUCAUUUGCUAUGACUAUGUAUGAGGCAUUUACAUGGGACUUUGCAUUUAAAAAUACGGAUGUACAAUUUAAACAUGCAUGGAGUAUAGCAGAUUUCACGACGAGCGGAAAACGACUGCAAAUACCAACAUCAGUUCCAGAUAAACUUGGCAUUAUUAUACAACAAAGUUGGGAACAUGAACCAAAAAAGAGACUUGAAAUUAAUAACAUCACUCAAAAACUCGAAGAGUUUUAUAACACAAUUAAUUGA